CACAGUCUCACACCCAUUAUUAACUUCAUCAUUUCAAAGCAGCUUGACUUAUUCAGCACAUGCACACGCCUCAGUCUAGAUAGAUAACCACCACUCACCUCCAACUCAAACAAUCAAACCAAAUCCUCUCCAACCCUUGGUAAACCAUGUCGCGCAAAGCGACGGCAGGGCCCUCGGCCCUCCCCGAGCUGACGUCGGACGACAUGUGUCCCGUCUGCAAAACAAUCCGCUACCUCAACAAGGACAUGGAAUUCCUCAUCAACCCAGAAUGCUACCACUCCAUGUGCGUGAACUGCGUGAACCGCCUGUUCAACGACGGGCCCAACCAGUGUCCCUAUGCAGGUUGCCACCGGACACUACGACGAAAAGGGUUCCGAUCCGCCUUCUUCGGCGACCUGGCCGUGGAGCGCGAGGUCGACAUACGGCGGCGCGUCGCGGCCGUCUUCAACCAGGUCGAGGACGACUUCGAAACAUUACGCGACUACAACGACUAUCUACAAAUGGUCGAAGACCUCACCUUCGAUCUAGUCAACGGCUCCGAGGCGAAGCGGCGCGAGGCCGAGGCCACACUCCAACGUUGGGAGGCCGAGCACCGCGCCGACAUUGAGCGCAACCGGCGGGCGGGACGCGAGGCCGACGAGCAGUCACGCCGGCGGCUGGCCGCAGAGCGCGAGGCUGCCCGCCAGCGCCGCGUAGAGGCCCUGCGCGAGGCCGAGGAGGAGCGGCGCGAGCGGGAGCGCAGCCGCGAGAUGGAGCUCGACAGCCUCGCCCAGGGCGACGCAGCCGCCGCCACGGGCGCGCAGCACCAGCAGCGCGUGCAGCUCAAGAAGAGGGGCCAGGCGAACCGCGCGUUGGAGGCGGCGACGAUGACGACGACCGCGGCGGGGACGCCGGCGGCCGCGGAUGUGGGUAGGCUGUCGAUCCGCGGGCUCAAGGAAAAGAAGAAGGCGCCUGCCGCGUCCGAGGGGCCCUACGAUCCGUUUGGCGGCAUGGAUUUCGUCCCCAGCAGGUACAAGAUACGCCCUGGCCUUACGCACCCGGCCAUCGACAAGUACCGCCACGAUCCGGCCCACAUUACGGGCGGGUAUAGCUUUGACGAGUACAUCGACCGGGUCAUGUUUGAGGCGUUUGCUGGGCUGGGAGUUUUCAUUGAGGAUGAGAAGGAGGCGGGUAUUGGGCUCUCUGCCGGGGAGGUGGCCACCAUUAGUGCUGGGAUCGCCGCUGUGGGCGACAAGAUGGAGCUCGACUGAAGUCGGGGAAUUUUCGAUCAAUUUUAUCCUCAUAUCUGUCAUUGUAUGCAUAGCGUCGGCGUUCACGGGGGAGAUCACACAACGGAAAAGGGACAAUAUGGGUCUGGUUUACCGGUAUAUAGCCAUCACUUGGCGGGCGAAUAAUGAAAGGGCAAGAGAUGAACUUUAUU